AUGGCCCAUGAUAAGUUCGUAAUACCUCGGAACUUGACCAUAUUGCAAUCUCUGGAAUUACUAUAUUCAAUAUCGAAAAACCAGUAUCAAAAUUUGUUGGUUAAUAUUGAGACUGAUAAAUAUUAUAACGAUCCCCUAAUAUUACACAAAGUUUACAAGGCAUUAGAUACCUUAUCAGUUUAUAUUGACAACGGAUUGAAGAGGAUUGUUAAAUUCUAUGGAUUAAAAGAGGGAAUUAAGGACCUUGUGGACGAAUAUCCGACAUGUAAGAGAAACGUGGAGGAUUUCCAAAUACUGAAUCAAGAUAUCAUAAGUGCACGGAAUGCCACUUUUAGUAGAUAUGAAGAGAUAGCAAGUAAGGGAGAACGUUCAUUAUCGCCGAAAAGGUUACCUAAUAAGAGUGGGUUAAAAAUAUCCAACCUUUGGCGGAAUGCAAGUAAGAAGGAGAAGGUUCGAAAAGCAUUGGAAUCAGAUGAGGCAAUUAGAGAGGUCGAAAGGAUUAAGAAUGACCGAAAACAACAAAAGGAAAAAACCCUUGAAGAGCAUCAACGUCAUGAAAAGGAAUUAGAGACCCAAAGAGAGAAGUUUAUAGAGUUAAAAGUCAAAGAACACGUUGACGCUGAAAUCAAUCAUAAGCUUAAAGAAGAACAAGAACGAUGGAAAAAACAAGAGGAGGAGGAAGAAGAAGCAAAGAAAAAGAAAAUGGAGGCUUUAAGAAUACAAAAUAGUAAGACAGCCCAUAACAUCAAUACGAAGUCAAGGACGAGAAUUAGAAGGUCACCACCCACAUCUACAAUUGAAAGACCUAAAACUGUUACAAGAAAAAGUUUGGAUAUACCUAGAACAGCUAUAAAGAACCCAGUGACAAAACGGGAUACCAAACGUAGAAAAUCAUUUGAUGCCAAGGCAAUAAUGGAGGUUGCAGAUACCAGUACACACCCGAUUCAUAGGUCUGAAGUCAGUAAAGCAGCACUAAUUGCCUGGAACCAGUCGCAAAGGAAAAACUCACCCUCUUCUGAUAUUUCUGGAUAUAAUACUCUAACAAGGAAUGUACCGUCUCAACUUCCAAAGAAAAGGUAUGAAUACAACAGGCCGACUAUCACUUCCUCACGAGCGAGAUUGCAACAUCUUACUGUAACCACAUCAUCGUCUAACACCAAUAAACCAGAGGAGAGGGUCGCUCGAAGUAAGACAACACAUGAGAAUACCAAUAAGAAGAAAACGACAAAAGCCACAACUUCUUUGCCAUCAACUCCUGUGGUUGCUAAAAAAUCGUUUCCAGUAAAUGAUCAGACGCUAAAUGAUGGAGCCAUUGAUAUUUCUCCUGAAGAAAGAGUGAAACACGUCCUUGAAACUCUUCAAGGAGUUGACAAAGCAGCUUGCGAACAAAUUGUAAAUGAUAUCCUAGUACUAGACGAGAAAGUUUACUGGGAUGAUAUUGCUGGGUUGAAUAGUGCGAAAAAUUCGUUGAAAGAAACUGUGGUGUAUCCAUUUCUGAGGCCUGAUUUGUUUAAAGGGUUAAGAGAACCUGUUAGAGGUAUACUUCUAUUUGGACCACCUGGUACAGGGAAGACAUUGAUUGCUAAAGCUGUUGCGACGGAAUCAAACUCAACGUUUUUUAGCAUUAGUGCUUCUUCGCUAUUAUCUAAAUAUCUUGGUGAAUCAGAAAAAUUGGUUAAGGCUUUAUUUUAUUUGUCUAAAAGGUUAGCUCCCUCCAUUAUUUUCAUAGAUGAGAUAGAUUCACUCUUAACUGCCAGAUCAGAAAAUGAAAAUGAGUCUUCAAGAAGAAUCAAGACUGAAGUUCUGAUACAAUGGUCAUCUUUGUCAAGUGCUACAACAAAGGAAAAUAUAAACAAUGAUAAUAGAGUUUUAUUAUUAGCCGCUACUAACCUACCUUGGGCUAUCGAUGACGCUGCCAGAAGGAGAUUUUCUAGAAGAAUAUACAUUCCUUUACCAGAAUACGAAACGAGACUUGAGCAUCUGAAGAAGCUAAUGGCUAGACAAAAGAAUACACUCACGCAGACUGAUUUUGAAACUAUCUCUAAAGAAACAGCUGGGUUUUCCGGUUCGGAUAUAACAAGUUUGGCAAAAGAAGCAGCCAUGGAACCCAUAAGAGAACUUGGAGAUAAGUUAAUGGAUAUAGAUUUUGAGAAAAUUAGAGGUAUAUCCAGAAGUGACUUUGAAAAUGCAAUGCUUACUUGUAAGAAAAGUGUAUCCAAUGACUCUUUGAAGCCUUACCAACAAUGGGCAGCUCAAUUUGGUAGUAAUGGUUCGUAA